ACCCUCGAUCGGCUACCAAACUCUCCAUCAUCUCACUCAUCGACCUGUUCAACUUCAAUCGCAAACAAAAAAACAAAAGAUUCCUGGAUAUUUCAGCGAGACGCAACUCAGGAGAAAAUGGAAGGAUCAGGAGUCUCUCCUAGCUUCAGUUGUUACUCUUCUGAUAGUUUAACAUCCAUGGCAGUUGCCAAAGUGAUCCAUGAAGAACAUGCAGCUCGAUUUCAAGAAUUUGGGGAUCUUAGCGAAGAUGACUUUGAGUUUUCGGUGGGUUUAAGCGAUGAGGAUGUUUCAAAGGAAGAGAACCAUUCACGAAGCUGGACUGUUUUUCCUGUUUUCAAUCACGAUCUAAUGAUGAAAGAUGACGAAGAUCGUGAUCAGGUUAAAGGGAAGGAAGAUGAACGAGAAGAAUCUUCUUGGUGUUCAUCAUCAGAAGCCGACGAAUUGGAAAGUCCACGUUCUAAAGCAUACUGCGUACUUUGGAGGCCUAAAUCCGACAGUGGAUCGCCACCUCGUGUGAGUAAAUGUAAGAAGAGUAGUUCUACCGGAUCUGGGUCGAAGAGAUGGAGCAUCCGGUAUUUGCUCCGGCGAAGCAACAGCGAAGGGAAAGAACCGGUGGUGUUGAUGACUCCUAAGAAGGUUGAAAGUCCAAAACAAAAACGUAACUCCGGUGAGGUUUCAAAAGUUGGCAGCCGAUUGAAGGUGCAAACUCCUGUACAUGAAUUGUUUUACGUGAAAAGAAGAGCUGAAAAUGAAGUUGUGAGGAGGAAAUCGUAUCUACCCUACAGGCAAGGUCUUGUAGGGUUCUUCUCAAAUGUCAACGGAAUGGGCAAAAUGCUUCCAUUUUGAGAAAAAAAAUAAGCUCAUUUUUGUUUAGUUCUAUUACUUCAUUUCACUGGAUGUAAAUAUCUUUCAAUGAUGAUAUGUUCCUUGAAAACAAAAGAGUUUUGAGGAUGUAAAGUUUAUUAAUAAUCAGAUAUAUAUUUUGUCAUAUAA